UUAACUAGAGCUUCUUUGUGAAUAAAAAUCAAUCAAUCAAUCAAAACACAGCAUCUCUUUAUUGAGUAGAUACAUGUUGUUGCUGCUUAGUUCAACAUGGCUGCAGAAAGUUCAGGCAUCAUAUCUGCAUUGGCAGUAAAUGGGUCAACUAAGGACAAUUAUGUCAUGCGUGUGGUUGAAAAAGAAAAUGAUGGACAAGUUAAGAAACUCAUUGCAGAGGAAAAGGCAUCUGUUGCAAUCCCUAAGAAUAAAAGAAGAACUGUUGUGCCAACCAGAAUCUUUGAACGCUCAAAGACAGAUUCAGAAGCCAGUAAAUGCAGUGUGUGUUGUGCCAGAGCAGGUUCAGACUUGUAUAGGAGUUCUACUGUAGGCUUGUCAAACUCCAACAGAUUUAGGAAAAAUAUUGAAAAGAAGAGAAUAAAUAAAAGAUCUGUAACAACAAGACAAAAACGCCAUAAAGAUGAGUUCAAGCGCCUUGUUGAUGCAAGGCUUUGCAUGGAAAGGCAGAGAGUUCUGACAUUUGAGAGCUAUGAUGAUAAACUAAUGAAUUUCAAUGUAUACCUCCAAUCUUUUGAAGAAUACUGCAAAAAAAAUUUCAGACAUGCUCCACGAUUCUGGAUUUGUGAAUUACAAAAUAAAUUACAAGGAGAUACUCUGACUGCUUUCAAAACCCUGAGAUCAGUGAAUGAUUCUUAUGAAAGCUUGAAGCUCAAGCUGGUUAAAUGGUAUGACAAACAUCGACUGGCUAGGAAAAGUAAUGAUCGCAGCCAGUUUGUCUACGCUAAUUUCAUCAAAGCAGAAAGCAUGCACUCACUAGCCACCAGACUUGAGAAGUUGUUUCAAGUGGCCUUUCCUUGCAAAGACGUCAACACCAGCAAAACACUGCGAGAGAAGUUUCUAUCAACUCUGCCAAGGAACUUGAAAGAACUUCUGAAAACUCAAAUUCUAGAUCAUGGGAUGUCAUGGAAAAAAAUACAGUGGAGUGAUGUGAAGCAGCUCUCCAGUUACUGUGAUAUUGUUAAGUCUUGUGACUACCACAAUUCAAACAUGGAAGAAAAUAACUGUAUGGUUAAUGAGAAGUAUAAUGACAGUAGAAUUUAUUGGCAAUGUUCAGAAAGAACUUCCAAACACCCCUCGGGUAAAAAUUCAAAAUGUUUUCACUGUGGUCGCAUGGGACAUGUGGAGGCUGAGUGUCGAUCAAAGUCUGGGGCCUGUUUCACAUGUGGCUCAUUUGAUCAUUUUUUCUAUAAUUGUCCCCUAUAUAAAUUCCACCAUAGUACUCAGUCAAGCAAAGGUUGUACUGAAGAAUCUUCUCUUGCCCAGAAAACUUCCACAUCAGCAUUAAGGGUUGUGAAACAAGGAGGCAUCAAUUUAAAACAAGGUAACCUUCAAAGGUUUUUGUCUGGCUACAAAUUUGAAAGAGACGCAUGGUUCAAUAGAUACUCAUUAUUAGAAGAUGAAGCAGAAAUUGAGGAUGAAGAUGAAAAUUUUGAAAAUGAUCUGGUAUCUCAGAAACAGCUGUGUACCAUCAAAAUCACUGCCAAGAAAAUAACAGCCAAAAAACGUUCUUCAGUCACUAAAUCAAAGUCAACGAUCACAAGCAGGCCAAGAUACUUUGGACCCAGAGGUCUACAUCAGGAGUGUUCCAGUGAAGUCUUAGAGAGGAGUGUUGUGGAUAAGAAAAGAAGGCCUUACUUAUCCAAAAUUCAACACUCAUCAUCUAGCAGAAAAUUGAAAAGUCAACUGCCAGAGGGAGCAGCACACUGUAGCAAACUUUCUGUUCCCUAUCCAAGUGACAUGAAAAAUGUUCAAUCUUCAGCAAUGACUAAGAUCAACUUGCAUGAAAACCUGUCAAAGAAACCUGAAAUGGAUUACUUUAAAGGUAGAGGCUAUGCUACUGCUAAGAAUGAAGAUGCAACCAAAUUAGAGCACUCCAGCGGCAAUCCAAAAAUGCAGCAUGGUGAUGAAAAUUCCACUUCCUCUAAUGGGAAGCUGCAGGACGUGAGGAGGACGCGAGUUCUGCAGACGGAGGCGCUGAAGCAGCAGCAGUGCAGCCGUCGCCUCCAUAGAGGACGAUGA